UUCACUUCUUUGCUGCUAGCUAGACAGUGUAUAAAAAGACUGGCUGAGCCUUGCGAUGCUUCAGUCGAUUCCACACCACCAGAAAGAAAAAUGUCUGACCAAAACGUCCGCAAAGCUGGUUUUACUUCCUCUGGGAUCUCAAAAGGAUCGAUUGGUUCAUCAAUGAUGUCCAAGGAAGCAAAAGGUUCUGGGGGAGGCGUGCGGUCUGGAGGCCCUACUUCUACCCUCCAAGGAAUGGGUGCCAAAGGCUCAACUCAUUCAUCAGGUUUUACCAGCAGAGGGAUCUCCAGUGGAUCCCAGGCGUCUAAGAUGAUGUCCAAGGAGGCCAGAUCCCAUGGAGGUGGAACUCCCAGGGGUGGUACAACUGCCACUGUCCAGUCCAUCUCAAUGGGUGGCAAAGGAGGAAGACGCUGAGUAGAAGAGAAACAUCAGUCUAGAAGUAAGGUCUGCAAGCAGUUCAUCCUUUACCAACACGGUCAUUUGAUAGCUUCUCCCCUUCCUUGCUCUUCCCAUCACUGACAUGAAUGGCAAGGUCUUUUUCACACUGCAAAUAAAGCUUCUAUUAAAAUGA